AUUGUGAUACCAGUUCAUCAUGUUCGCCGUCUCUGCUCGUGCCUUCUCCACCUCGUCCAUUAACAACGCCAAGGUUGCCGUCCUCGGCGCUGCCGGCGGCAUUGGCCAGCCGCUCUCGCUUCUCCUCAAGGAGUCCACCCUCGUCAGCGAUCUCGCCCUCUACGACAUUGCCAACACCCCCGGUGUCGCUGCCGAUCUGAGCCACAUCAACACCAAGUCCACCGUCAAGGGCUACACUGGCGCUGACCAGCUCGGCGCUGCCCUCAAGGGUGCCUCCGUCGUCGUCAUCCCCGCUGGCGUUCCCCGCAAGCCCGGCAUGACCCGCGACGAUCUGUUCAACACCAACGCCAGCAUUGUCAUGAACCUCGCCAAGGCUGCCGCCCAGCACUGCCCCAAGGCGCUGAUUGCCAUCAUUGCCAACCCCGUCAACUCGACCGUCCCGAUCGUUGCCGAGGUCUUCAAGAAGGCUGGCGUCUACGACCCCAAGCGCAUCUUUGGUGUCACCACCCUCGACAUUGUCCGCGCCAACACCUUUGUUGCCCAGGCUCGCGACCUCGAUCCCCAGGCCGUGAACGUCCCCGUCAUUGGCGGCCACGCCGGCAUCACCAUCCUCCCCCUCAUCUCCCAGUCGUCCCCCAAGGUCACCUUCAACGACGCUGCCGAGCUUGAGAAGCUCACCGUCCGCAUCCAGAACGCUGGCACUGAGGUCGUCGACGCCAAGGCUGGCGCUGGCUCUGCCACCCUCUCCAUGGCCUACGCCGGUGCUCGCUUCACCUUCUCGCUCCUCAAGGGCCUCAAGGGCCAGAAGGCCGUCGAGUGCGCGUUCGUCGAGUCGAGCGUCACCAAGGUGCCCUUCUUUGCCACCCCCAUCGCUCUCGGCCCGGAGGGUGUCAAGGAGAACCUCGGUCUUGGUCUCCUCUCCGACUUUGAGAAGAAGAAGCUUGAGGCUCUCUUCCCCGAGCUCGAGGCCAGCAUCAAGAAGGGUGUCGAGUUUGUUGCCAAGAACUACUAAAGCCAGCGGCGGCGGGUUGUUGCUGAUUUUGCACGCUUCUUUUCUGUGAAAACUAAAAAACCUUGAACAAAAAAUCCAAGAAAA